GCUUCGCUGCAGCACUCCUCCAAACACAAAACAAUCAGGAUUGCAGGAUUUGAUUUUAUGCUACACAUAUAAGUACGUGUAUUUGGAGGGGACGAAGGAAUGGAGGCGAUUUAUACCCAAGGCAUUUGGAUGGCUGAAACUCUCCAACAGAGGACGAGGAGUCAGGAAAAAUUCUGGCUAGUUGUCACUCAUAUUGGAGAUCCUAAAGCAGCUUUUCUGCUGCUCUUUCCUUUCACCUAUUUCAUCAGCAAACGAGCUGGAGUUGCGGUGCUUUGGGUAGCAGCUAUAUCAGAGUGGUUAAACUUGGUGUUUAAAUGGAUGCUGUUCGGAGAAAGACCAUUCUGGUGGAUAGGUGAAUCACGUCUAUUUGUCAACAAGCAGCCCAAAGUUCAUCAGUUUUCCUCCACCUGUGAAACCGGACCAGGCAGUCCGUCAGGACAUGCGAUGGUGACAGCAGCAGUGUGGUGGGUUGUGGUGUCCUCACUGGGAUCAUUUCUGUAUUCCCGUACUCACAGUGUGGUGUUGUCAGCUGCUCCCUACCUGUUCUAUGUGUUGAUGCUGGUGGCAGUUGGAAUCUCCAGGAUCUUCAUCCUGGCUCACUUCCCUCACCAGGUUGUUGCUGGCUCCAUUACAGGUUUCAUUCUGGGGAUUGUCCUGAGCCGCAGAGUACCAGAAGGUCGCCCCCUGCUGUUCUUCUUCAACUUCAGCAUUGGUCUGCUGCUCAGUGCUCUGAUGCUGCAUGCUGGAUUACAGCAGCUGGGAAUCGACCUCUCCUGGUCUAUUACUUUGGCUAAGAAAUGGUGCAGCCGUUCUGAGUGGAUUCGUUUGGAUACAGCCCCCUUCUCCUCUCUGACUCGAGAUUGUGGGGCCCUUCUUGGUUUGGGGCUGGCCCAGUACUGGAAGCCUGGAGGUUUUUCUCUGCCAUGGGCUCCAAGGGCGUUAUCUCUGGCUAUUUCAUCCAUGGGACUAUACCACGUGAAUCGCCUGCCACUCCCGAUUCAGCCACAAGGCCUCUUCUACGGCCUCUUCUUUGUCAAAUUUGUCAUAGUGCCUCAGAUUGUCAUGGUGCUUGUACCUGGACUGGUUCACCUUUUCACACGAAAAAAGAAGAAGGACUAGACACGGUUUUCUCUCCAUGCUACAGGUGUAUUUCACACCUCUGAGGACUAUAGCUAUCUUCUGACAGAAUAGUUCCUGUAAACACUUUAAACGUCUAUGUAAUGUAUUCCAUUGGUACGGUUGCAGGUAAAGUCUAUAGUUAGUCACUCCAUAUUGCUUUUUUCUCUUAAUGUUCAAUCAGCAAUUGUCUUUUUUUCAGUCAAUGACUUAAUGUUUUGAGAGUACACAGGCCUUAAAUCAGGGGAAUGUAUCUUAUUUUUAAUUUCUGCUCAUUUGCAGUACGUGUAUGUACUGUAAUAGUAAUAAGUGUUGUAAGUGUUACAGUUGUUUGCAAGAAAAGUGCAGAUUUGAUGUAGUGUGCAUCAAAAAUAUGACAUGACUUGAAUUUUUUUGGGGCAAAAAUUAGCUGUAGGUCAUUUUUACUCACUUUAUUUAUAAAGUUUUGGUCCCCAGACUUUCAUCCCGUUAUAGAUUAGGUAUAUCAAAUUAAGAAAAAAAAAGUAUCGUAAUGUAGGUCUGAGGACCAAAACAAAAAUAAAAUGUGUGAAUAGUUGA